AGCAUGGAGAGGCUUGUUCAGCGCAUGUAUUGUCUGGGCAUGCGCGAUCCGCCUCCUGCAAACAUCAUGGCGCAGCAAGAACCAAAUGGAGAUUUUCCAUAUUUACCUUCAGGGGCGGCCGAGGUGAACCGAAUGAUAAAGGAGAACAGCGACUUGUUCUCCGAUUCUCAAUGUAAAGUGUGUAGCGCCGUCUUAAUCUCAGAAUCCCAGAAACUUGCACAUUACCAGAGUAAAAAACAUGCAAGCAAAGUACGCCGAUACAUGAGCAUUCAUGGCAGCGAGGAGCCCAUCGCGAAACGGUUCAAGCCUUCAGGAGAUGAUCAGAGUAAUGUUGAUGAAAAGGACAAAUACAAAGCAUGCAGUGUGUGCAACAUGACCUUCUCUUCCCCGGUGGUGGCACAGUCCCACUACCAGGGCAAAGUUCACUCCAAGAAUCUUCGCAUGCAGAGCAUCGGCUCUCAGACUCCUGCAUUACCUCAGCCCAAAGCGCAGGCGAAAAAGGAUGACGGUAUGCAGGGGCCAGCAGAGCAGGACCCCAACCGUUUCUGCUCCAUCUGCCAGGCCUCCUUCAACAAUCCCCUCAUGGCUCAGCAACACUACAGUGGCAAGAAGCAUAAAAAACAUAUGAAUAAACAGAAGCUGAUGGAGACCUUUGGGCCCUCCACUGCACCAGCCUCCACAGUGAAGGGCUACCCAUGUACUGUGUGCAAUAUUGAGCUGAACUCAGUGGAGCAGUACCAAGCCCACAUCAGUGGCUCCAAACACAAGAACCAUGCCAAGCCCAAGAAAGGUCCGAAUGCGUUCGCCCCUCCACCUGACAACUACCAGCCUGAUUACCAGUAUCCCACCAAUGAGGAUUGCCUGGAGGAUCCCGCGGAGUGGGACAGCUUCAACGUGGCCUACGAGUGAGAAGACGCCUCCAGCAUCCUCUGCCCUCCACUCAUUCGUGACAAGCUUCCUCUGUUUAGGCACAGGUCAAUGUGUGUCUGCACUGUGCAUCUCCUAAUACCAGCUCUUUCUCCACACAGCAUCUCUUCCUUCUGUCACUCUCACGCUUUCACCGCUGAGGGACCACAAUAAUCUUCCACAACUUUUUUUUUUACUCCAUUUUUCCUCUCCAAAACCCUGAGGCAAAACUUAGUGCUGCAUUUUUCUCCAGUGUUAGGAUUGUGUUUAUUAGUGUUACUAUUAUCAGUUUACAAGAAUUCAUUUUCAUAAUCUCCACAAGCAAGCGCAGGCUCCGAAGGUGGUUUCAGGAGACGUUUUUUUUUUUUUCUAAAUGCGAUCGAUAUUCUUGUUUGUUGCUUUUUUUUAUGUUAAAAUGCUCAAGUGUGUUUUGUGUUUAUUGAAUGUCUGUGCAGUGCAAAGCUGUUGAAGUUGAUAGUGUGCAACGUUUGGAGAGAAUGUUUGUUUUUUGAGAGCUUAAGAGUGAUUUUUAUUUCGUUUCUGUCAUCUUUUGAGGAAAACAAAAAGGAAAAAUAGUUUUUAAGCAAUUUUAGUGAUUUGCUCUGUUUGUCCUGGACUUCUCAAGGCUUCUUUUCAUCUUCAUGUAAACAUACAUCUUUAAGUAGGACGUAUACUGUAAUAUAAUAUGCUUAGAGAUUUAUAAGUGGUGCUUCAGUUCAUUUCAUUUCAUUAUAGUCAUGACAUAGAUUCUCGCGGUGUAUUCUGGUGUACAGCUGUUUUGAUUUUUAAAGUUAAAAUAUCGAUUAGUUUUAAAAGUACUCUUUUAGAGGUUAAUGUGUCCCGAAUCAACUUUGGAAGAAUAUGUGGCAAGUUUCUGAUGAUAUGACUAAUCUCUGGCUUGCAUUACAGGUGUAAGAAGUUAUUGCUAAGACGUAAAAGCAGCAAUAGUUCGAUUAGUGUUUAGUACCUUCAUAUGAAUUCUAAAUAUUUAAUUUUAUUAAGGGGGAUUAUAGCUGAAGUCGAUGUGAAAGUUUGAAGCGCUGCUUUUGUCACUGAAGAACUGAUUGUGAGAGAUUUUCUUUUUCUCGUUGUGUGUUUUCAAACUCAAGUUUUCUACUUACAAAUCCGCCAUGUUAGAUGUGUGUUUGAUGAGGUGAAGGUUAAUGCAGACUCAUUCAGAUCUGAGCGUAAACACAAGAAGAUCGGUUGAAGAAUUACUGUAAUGAAUCCAGACAAUGUUGCUAUUCUUGGGAGCCUGAGAUGUUCAACUAAUGUUUGUUUGUUUUUUCAUCCUUCCCCAACGUUAAAGGCUUCAGAGCAUCACAUCUGCAAUUAUGUGCUGGAUUAAGGCCUUUAAACAUGGUAGCAUCUAUGUUUUUGUUGUCAUUUUUUUUUUUUUUUUGCUUUUAUUGGUCAGGUUAAUUUUUAAGCGACUGUGUGAGCCUAAAGAGAUGUACGUUACUUUUCAUCCAGUAAAAUGUUUUGAGUAAA